GGACAUAUUCGUUUGUUUUCGAACAUCUUCUUUUUCGUAUUUUUUAUAAACAGUGAUAGUGAUUACAAUUAUAAUAACAGAAUAAAACUAAAUUUAAUGGAAAUAUAUUUAUUUGACUGUUAAUUAAAUAAUCUUUUAUGGUACUAAAUUAUUGUGGUAACCCAACAGCUGAUUGUAGGAGUUAUCAGAGGCCAAUUAAUGAGCGGAAAAAACGUGACAUCUGUCAGUUUUUCGUCAUAGGUUGUCAAAAAAGUAAAUAAAUAAAUGUAAUAUUUCCUUCAGACUAUGGCUUUAACAAAUAUUUUACUUCUCAGCCAAAUUGCUGGCUAUGUUAUAGCUUUUAUUUUAUCAGUAUGCAUUGUUGUUCCGAUGAGUUGGCAUCAAGAUGAUUUUAAGGGGCAUUGUUUACUUUUCUCGACCGGAGAAUGGCAAGAAGCGGAUGGACAACUUUCUGUGCAUUGGGCUUCACAAUGCUACUGUAACUAUACUAUCUUUGUUGGUAUUUUACUACUGCUAGUAUCAGGUAUUCAGAUUUACAGGUUAUCCGUAUUUCUCUACAAAGGAACAGACAGUAGCUUUUUAUCAGCUUUUAUUGAUGUUCUUUCUGGAAUAAUGCUUGCUGGUAUGACCAUUAUUGCUGCUCUUAUGAUAACUUUUGGUUUCAUGGCUUGGUGUCAAAUAAUGACAGAAAGAUUCCCAUCUUGUGAACUAGCAGCAGGACAAGAUAUUGACCAUGCUGAUAAGAUCAAUACAGCUAAUUUCUAUAUUCAAAUGGGCACGGCACAGUUUGGUAUAUGGGGUUCUUUUGCCACAUGGGUAGGAUUAUCAGUUUGUGCUUUAUUAAAGCUUUGCAGAUACCAUCAAUUAGAAAACAUACGAGUGUCUAUGUACCGCGAAAGACAACGACUUAUCAAUGAGAAUGCGGAUUCACCUGGUAGUAGUCUAGGAAGGGAAUCAAUUAAUACCCAGACAACUGCUACUGCUGAGUGAUUAGUUGAUAAUGUUCUUAGGUAUCCAUAUUUAUUCAUAUGUGCUAUUAUCCAUAUAUCUUUAUUCUUGCAUAGAAGUAUCAUACAAUUUAUUAGUGAAAGUUGAUAUAAAUAUUAUUAUAUAAAUCCUACUUUAAAUAUAUAUUUUAUUUUUACUGAUGAUAUGUUAUUGAUACGAUUUUUUUUCAAAAAGUAUCAAUAAAUUUGUGAAAAUAUCAUGAUCUUUUUGUUAUGUAUGUUUAUUAAACUUUUUUGAUAUGUCCUGAUUAUUUUGUGAUUUUUUUUGAACACAUCGUUAGUAUCAAGAUAAUAAUGGGUGUCUAUUGAAGGCAUUACAACUAAGAGACUAAAUUGUUUAGAUUCGAUUUCUGAUGACAUUUUUACAGUAAAUCCUGCAUUUUUGAAAUAACUGAAAAAUAAUAUGGUGCAUUUUUCAAAAUUUUAUUGUUAUAAUUUUAUGUAUUGAAAAUCAUUAACAAAACAUAAGUGUAAUUAAGCAACUUUUAAAAAUAAUACUUUUCAGACAUUGCCCUUCCCAAUUAAUGCAUUCUGAAAUUACCCAUUGCGUCAUAAAGCAUGCUCUGAGUAAUUCUCAGGAUUUCCGAUCAUUCUUUCCUCAAGUUCUACAACUAUGAGAGGUCAUUCUUCAUACACUUGACUUUUCAGGAAUCCCCACAAUAAAAAAUCACUUAGUGUGAAGUAGGAUGAACGAGGAGGACAAGGAAUCUCUCUAUUUCACGUUAUCACACUAUUCAAGAAAAUAUUGAAAAAGGUUUGUUCAUUCACUGCAUGUUGAUAAACUUAUGGAAUGACGAAUGAUCUUAACAUUUCCGAAUCGGCGUUCACAGUAAUUUUGGAAACAAAGUGGGCCCAUUUCCCAUGAAAACAUGGCACAUCAUGCAGAAAUUAUGUGCAAUGUAACUCAAAACUUGCUUCCGGGAAAGUCGAGAAAAAUAUACAAGUCAUACACGGGAAAUGUUCUUACACAUUUCUCAGGUAAUUUUUGUACGUUUUUCGGAAAAGACAAACCAAUGUCAGUGAAAAUCAUCAACGUUAUAUUCCCAUUAUUAAAUGUUGAAAAUUAUACAUUUAAAUGUGAACGUUGAUGUAAGUAUAUUUCAUAAAAGUAUUUUUCAAUGUAGUCGUAGAUAAAAUAUUGUAUGAUAUUUAAACAUAGUGGAAAUGCAUUAACAAUAGUGGUGGACCUGUCGCACUUAAACUUUUAGGUGCCCAUUUUUUUUUUGAAAAUACGAAGAAUUUUAAAACUAAACACUCUUAUUUUUGACGCUGCAUUUAUUUAUUAUGGCGAUAUUAUACCACGUGACCUCAUUUGACGCUCUAAGCCAGUACCGAGCGCCAACUUUGAACACAAACAGUAGAGUUGAGGUUCUGUAAUUUCGAUUUACAUUUGUGUUUUUUAAAAUGAAUCACAAACAGACUGUUAUAAACAAUAUUCUCUUAUAUUAUUGAGUGCAGAAAUUAAAUAAGACUAUAAAAAGGCCCAAUAAGGUAAGGUUAGGUUAGUAAGAGGUGCUUCUAUAACAUUCAUAGUCACCUAUGUUUGCUCUAAUUGGUUCUUGUGUGUCAUAAGCGUCUAGUUCAUGGGUUUCAGUUGGAAAGCAAAUCAUAUGAACUCUCUGUUUACAAUGUUGCCAUCCCGUCUCUAUGUUGUAAUGUCUUUGGUAAUUGUAUAAUCAUAGUGUUGAUAAAAUGAGACAUUUUUCAUUCCAAAUUUGAUAUUAAACGAGUUGUUUGUAAUUAACUUGAUGAUACAUCGGGCAUAUUUACUAAAAUUAUUGAUAUUACUUUUUCAAGUAUCUUUCAGCAACCUGAGUAUUUUUUUUGUCAAAUAUUAUUAUAUCAAAUCUGGCAAAAAAUUUAUAUUUGUAGAUAGUGGAAAAUAAACCCUAAAGAGAGAAACUUCUUUAUUGUGAUAUAAAUGUUUGUGUACACUUUAUUCGAAUAAAAUAUUAAAUAGUAUAAAUAAAA